UUGCCCCAUUUUUAAAAUGAAUUUUAAUUUCCUAAAUUUUCGGUAAAAAAAUAAAAAAUAAAUAAAGAAUGAAUUCUAUCAUGGCAUGGAUCUUUUUGUUAAUGUUAUAUUAUUUCUAUGAAAUCGUAACAAUCGAACAAUUAAUUAUAGACUCCAAAUUUUGUAAGGAUUCUCACCGCUACAACACAUCGAAUUGUCGAAAAGUGUUCUACAAUACACAAAAUGAAAACAAUAUAAAUACAAUUAAAUCAAGUAGUCUAACAUCCAAAUUAGAAGCUCUCAGAAAUAUGAUUAAUAGUAAAUUCAAAAAAAACAAAAUUGAUUCCUAUCAAAUUAAAACUACAACUACAAUGGAUUACUUUCAAAACCCCAUAUUAUCUAACACCGUUUCUAAAUAUCCCUUGGAUCCACCAAUAAAACAAUCCCCAAAAAUAGAUAAUCUCCAUCUAGCGAGUAGAAUAGAAAACGAAUAUAUAGCAGCAAGCUGUAGUGGCAAACCGGAAGAUGAAAUAAUUGUUAUAAAAUCUCCGUUCAUCAAAAGUACACUACCCACAUGUAAAAUGAAACUGCUGUUACGUUUUCAAGGUUCCCGUAUAAACUUUAAAGUUAUUAUCAAAGAGGAUUCUUCUUUUGUCGUGUGGAAUAGUAACAGACUCACUAACGUUGCUUCUAAUUCUGAAGGAUGGAGCGAAGCCUUAGUUAACAUUAGAGAUAGAAGAUUUAUGAACAUAAUAAUUCAAGUGUCUUGUGAAAAAACGGCAAACGUAUAUACUGAUAAGAUGCGCUCAAAUCAUUAUUUUGAGGAUCAAAAUUGGAAUCAUUCAACAAUUCUCUUUAAAUUGAUUGAACUUCAAGAUUGUGUGCAAGAUUUAACGCAAUAUGUCGAUUUCGAGGCAGAGCAUUCUGAUGCCACUUCAUUAACCUCCGAUUCCUUCAAUGUUUUUGGCAGCCCAGAAAGAUUUAUUUUCACAUAUAAUGGCCAUUUAUUACACCCAGAUGCUGCUAGGGCAUUAGCCAAACAAACGCAAGAUGUUUGCGCUUCUCUCAAUUCCACAACGUUAAUUAAUAAAUCGCAAUUGAAUUGUAAUUUUGAAAUAAUGGAGGAGUCAACAAAAAAUAGGAGUCGUCGUCCUAAUGAAUGGAAGGAUCCAAAUAUCUUGGCCCAAUGUGUAUCGACAGACAAAUUGUGUGAUUUACACAAUGAUUGCCCAAAUGGAUUGGAUGAAUCGGAUGAAUCAAAUAUUUGUGGUUCAAUGCCAUUCGGCUCUAAGUGCAAUUUUGAGGAUGGAUGGUGCGGGUGGAUAAAUGAAGAGUUGGAAGAUAAGAUGCAAUGGCAAAGACGAAACGGGCCAUUUUAUGAUGAAGCCACAGGCCCUAAAUUCGAUCACACUUAUGAAAACGCUCAAGGACAUUAUCUUUAUGUUACAAGCUCCGGUGUAAAAAGGUACAGGCUUGGCGAUUCCGCAAUUUUAAAGAGUAAAAUUUUCGAGCCGUUUAAAUCUGUAAAUAGAGAAAUGCUCGAUGAUGUCACCUUUUUAAGUGAAUUCAAGAACAAUUGCAAGAUACGAUUCUGGUAUCACAUGUUUGGUCCCCACACGGGCGCCCUUGAACUAAUAAUACAUUCCACGCCCUAUAAAAUUAAUACGCGGAUAAAAACGGCUAGAGAUGAUAUAAUAAUGGGUUCGAAUGAACAGAUCAUUAUCGAAAGAUUGUGGAGAAUCUUCGGCAAGGAUGACGAAGAGUGGAAAAGGGUUGAAUUGCCAUUGUUUAUUUCAUCUAUACCUAAGAGUUUUUACUUAGAAUUCAAGGCGAAAAGGGGACUUUUAAAUAAAGGAGAUGUUGCCAUUGAUGAUAUUAGUUUGAGUCGAGACUGUUUUGUUUCUACUACAAUUACGAAAAGCAAUGAUACAAAUAUUGACAAUGACAAAAUGUCUAUCAAGUUACACGAUUCGUUUAAAGAAAUUCUCUCAAAUAUUCAGAUGAUCGAGGGUAAUUCCACAUUCACCCCAAUAAGCAGGUUGUUCGACAAUUGCGGUAAAGUUGGGCGAUUUGGCCCUAAAAUUUCGCAAUGCUUUUACAAACCUCCGAAUUAUGAGAUGAUUGACAAUAAGCUGUUAGAGACCUCAUAUUCUGGAGUUCAGAUAUGGAUAGUUCCACGCGACGGAUAUUACAACUUUAACGUUUCUGGCGCAAGGGGAGGCAAAGGCGCUUUGAAUUUGCAUGGUUAUGGUAAAGGAUCAUUAGUAUCAGGAACUUUGAAGCUACUUAAAGGCGAAAUCCUCUUCAUUUUGGUUGGGCAGAUGGGGCAAGACGCUUGCCAUCUAUCCACUAAUAACACACUAAAAUACAGAUAUGCCAAGAUUUGUGAACAUAAGUCACCCUCACUCGAAGCAACUUUACUGGAUUACUACGAAAGAAGAAAAUUGAGCGGUGGUGGGGGAGGCGGGGGAGGCGCUUCAUAUAUAUUCAAACUUGAUAAUCAAACAAUUCCUAUACCAUUGCUGGUUGCUGGUGGGGGAGGUGGGGCAUCAUCGAAAGCUUGGGGCACCCAGAACAACCAACUAAACCCCGAUGGACACAUUUUUCAGUCAUUUAACAAUACAACAAAAACACAUACCUCCUAUCCACAUGGGAAAGGAUACAUCAAUUCAAAGGGAGCCGGAGCUGGGGGAGGGUGGGAAGAUUCAGUGGAACUGAUGUUGCCUAAUUCGUACUCGAUGACUGGAUCCAAUUUGUUAAUCGAAGGAGGAAAAGGUGGUAUUGGUCAAGCCUGCGGAAUUUUAAAUAGUUUAGGCACCAAAAUUUUGGAAUAUGAUACAUGGCCUGUAGAUGGUGGAUUUGGAGGUGGAGGCGCUUCUUGUAAUUCAGGAGGUGGAGGGGGUGGAUAUAAAGGAGGUGAUGUUUCAACCGUCGAUUCCAUGUACAAUAACGGCGGAGGAGGGUCGUCUUAUAUUUCACCACUGUUCAAAAAUGAUUUUAGCAUGAGCGGAUUUAAUGACGGUCAAGGGAGAAUAUCUAUUAAAGCUACUAUCAAAAACUGUCCUUGUAGUUUUCAAUGCAAUAUUAUUGACCCGUUUACGAAUUACUUUGAAUGUUUAUGUCCGAAAGGCAUGAUUCUCGGUAAAGAUGGCAUCAACUGUAAAGUAAUAGAUUGGCCCAUCAAUUCGAAAAAAACAGUUUUCAUUAUGCUUAUCAUUGGAUCUAUAGCUCUGCUAUUCAUUGGACUUUUAGUUUUAGCAUAUAAGCAAUUUAUUCGUCACAAAAUUCUGAAAAAUUCAACAAAUUUACAAAUACGCAAACAAUCUUCCAAUCUCCCUUCCUCUUGUACCGACACCGACGAGAUGACCUCCGACGCCAUUUUGGAUUUGGAAAAAGGGAAUAAGGCAUUCUGGGAUGCCUUGAAUCACGAAUUUCAAUUGGAUUGGCUCAGAACCCUAUCCAACAAGAUUCCCGAACCUCUAUUCAUUAAAAAGAUAAUCAACCUUAAAAAACGGAUCAUAGAACAAAAACUUGGCAAAUGUCAAAACCCGAACGACAUUACCACAUUUUUUGAUCCACAUAUGUUAAAGAUGUCAGAAUUUAAUAUGAAUUACGGUGACCCAAAUAUGUCGAAAACGUCAAUCAAGGAUUCUUUAUUGAAUAAGGAUACUACCGAAUCUCAAAAUAGCUACAAAUACCCUGGAGUUGAUUACAACAAGCUUUACGAACAAUAUGAGUAUAAUAUUAUGGAAAUUCCAAGGAAUAAAUUGGUGUUAGUUAAAGCCUUAGGUGAAGGGGCAUUUGGAGAAGUUUUCAAAGGAACAUUAAUGUAUCCUAAGGAUGCUAAAUUAAGUGCCCGAAAUAGCAAAAAUGUGUAUGAUGCCUCUAACUGCGCGGAAAUCGAUUACGAACAAAUUAACGUGGCCAUUAAGACGUUGCCCGAAAAUAGCAAAAACAAUUCAGAAGUCGAUUUUUUAAUGGAAGCUUUAAUCAUGAGUAAAUUUCACCAUCCAAAUAUUGUGAAGAUGUAUGGGGCCUGCUUAAAAAACCAUCCUAAGUUUAUUGUUCUAGAAUACUUGGCUGGAGGUGACCUUAAAAAUUUUCUUAGAGAAAUUAGAAUGCAAGACUGUCCAGAACAAAAAUUUAUAACGCUCAAGGAAUUGUUGUUACUUUCUUUGCAUGUAGCAAAGGGUUGUCUAUAUUUGGAAAAAAAUCAUUUUGUGCACAGAGAUAUAGCCGCAAGAAAUUGCUUGCUUACAUGUAAAGGUGAGAAUGGUCGUAUUGCAAAAAUCGCUGAUUUUGGAAUGUCAAGAGAUGUUUAUAGAGCCGAUUAUUAUAGAAAAAGUGGUAAAACUAUGUUACCAGUAAAAUGGAUGCCACCGGAAGCUUAUUUAGAUGGACUUUUUUCGACUAAGAGUGAUGUAUGGGCGUUUGGAAUAUUAUUAUGGGAAAUAUUUACCCUAGGUUACAUGCCCUACCCUGGGAUCGGUAAUCAAGAAGUUAUGGUUAUAGUGGCUAAAGGAAAUAGAUUAAAUUUUCCGUCCUGCUGUCCUCUCAAAAUCCGAGAAAUAAUGAUGCAAUGUUGGUUAAAAGAUCCUGCAUGCCGUCCAAACUUUCAAGCAAUUAUCGAUUCUAUAGAAAGUUGUAUUGAAAGAUCCAAGCCAGAACGAAGCAAACGGGUAUCAAGUUAUAAAAUAAAAUUAUGGUCUUGCUUAGAUUAUAGACAGAUAAAAAUAACUAUCAAGAGGCUAAAGGAUGAGUAUCGGUUAUAAUAUUGAUAAAGUAUC